CUGAGGUAUUUAGACUCAAAAAGUUUCAGUUUUAUUAAGAAUUUUGAAUUAUAUAUUCCUGGAUUAGAUGUUGAAAGUAAUGCGUUCUCCUAGAUUUGUCACUUUGACAACCAUUACAGUUCUGAUAUUGCUUUGGAUCAUCUUAAUUAAAAGUAAACAAAAGUUUGUGGACGAUGUGGCUCUGUUGAACUGUAAAUUCAUUAAAGAAUACUCCCAAUACACCUGCCUCGUCCGCAACCUUACUAUCAAGUACAACCCUCCACUCAAAACCACAGUCACAGGCGAACAUUACAACUCAUACCAAAAUCAAGACGUAUCUGAACUUUACAUCUACAAAUGCUUAACUGUCUACCUUCCAUACUAUAUUUCAAAUCAAUUUCCAAAGCUCACAAAUUUCGAGGUCAUGCAUUCACACUUGCGAGUUAUUGAAAGAAAGAACUUUAUUGGAUUGACUGAUUUGACUGAUUUGAGGUUGGAUCAUAAUGAUAUUGAGGUUGUGCCUUGGAAUGUCUUUUAUGAUCUCGAAAGCAUUGUUUAUUUGUCGCUGAGUGAUAAUAAAAUUUUGGAACUGCCUGGAAAAUUAUUGCAGCCACUUGACAAGCUCAGUUGGUUUACUGCUGAUCGGAAUCGUCUUAAGAAGCUUAAUGUUGAUUUGUUAAAUGAGAAUUUAAAAGAACUGGAAGCUGUGAACUUUAACAAGAAUCAAUUGAGUGAGAUUUUUGUAGAUUUUUCGAAGAUUCGGAAGCUUAAGUAUGUGGAUCUGCAGGAAAAUGUCUGUGUUAAUGAGUUGAUGAAGAAGAAUUAUCUAAAUCGUGAAGAUUUCGUGGAUGAGAUUCAAAAGAAAUUGGUAAAUUGUAGUGUAAAGCACGUUCAAGAUUUGAGUAUACAAUAAAUUAUUAAAAAUUAAUGUUUGCCUGUUUGAAGAAAAGGUUUUGAAAUUGAAACAUUAAUAAUUGAGUGUAAUACUUUUAAGUCAAGUCAACUUGCUUUUCAAUCUAGUCACGUUCACUUGAAAGGCUCGGCUCAUCAAAAAUAUCAAAGACACAUUUCUCAACUUGAAAGCUGUUGAAGUGUUUCAUUUUCCAUUUGAUAAUGAUGGAUCAUGAUCGAUCGAUGUGUCUUGAAAAUGAAAUGAGACAUUAUUGUGUCUAUGUUAUUGCAUAACCUCA